AUGGCACCGUCUCCUGGCUUCCUGCUCUGGGGCUUGUGGUGGUUGGGGACAAACGAUGCAGCGACCUGGGAGGGGGAAUGCUCCGACUCCAUCGGGCUGAUUCCCGAUAGCUUGGGCAGACGUGACAGGCGUCGCCUCACCAAACUGCUCAACGCACAGGUGUCUUGCCUGGUGACGCCCUUGCCUGUAUGGGAUCCUUUGCUUGGUCUGCGAGGUGGGGCGGUGGUGAUACGGUGGCGCCGACGGCGUGGGCAUAUGUGUGAGCGGCAGAGGACCACUUGGCAGCGGCAGCCGCAGCUGUCCUUCUGGAUGGGAUGGCCUCUGCGAGGCCGGCGCGUGGGCGAAGCGAGCCAUCCCGGGCCUGAGCCAGGAACACCUAUCGGGUCUGAGCGCCCGCCCCGCGAGCGCUCACCGCCUCCUCGAGCUCCCGCUCAUGGUGGCGCCGGUGCUGCGCGGGGCGGGCGCACUUACUGCCCUGUUGCCGGAUGCCCGUGCUCUGACCCGGCCCGUGCUCGCGGUUGGGCGAAUGAGAGCUCAAUGCGUGCCCAUAUUGAUGCGCAUUUAGCUGGUUCACUGGAUGGGGACGUGCCCACUGCCUGGAUGCAGGCCCGUGGGCGCAUCCGCUGUCCUGCGAGGGCAGCUGCCGUGGAUGACGUCGACGCCAUGGAAGUGGACGGCUUGCCUUUGCCUACCCUGGCUGCCAUACAAUCUGCACGCACGUCCACCCUCCGUCACAUCCCAAUGGCUGCGCGGCACGCCUGGAACCAGGUUCUCACUCGGGCGCUAGCUGCUGUGGCCCACCGCAAUGAUGUCGCGGCGUGGCUGGAGCUUCUGAUGCUGCCACAAUGUGUGCUGUGCGCGCCGGGGCGCGGGGGUCGGCGACACCGCAAGGCUGCUGCUGCCUUCACUCUUGACAGGCUUCAGCGAUGGCAGGAAGGCGAGCGCCUCUCACUCUGGGAGUCCAGGCCUCGCCGCCGGCCCCCACGGUCCGGACCAUUGACGCCCGAGGAGCGCCGGGACAUUGCCACCAGCUGGGGGCGUGAAGGCUUUGAUCGGAAGGCCUGCGCUGCCCUCAUGUCUAAGGGUCUCUGCCCUCAAACCGAGGAAACUGCCAGAGCUCUUGCUGCCCUCCACCCUCACCGGCCCUUGCCUUCCACACCGGCCAUGGGUGACUUGCCAGUCCCUCCUGCUUUGGCCCCGGAGUUGGUUGCCCGCUGCUUGCGAGCUUUUCCAGUUGAGACCGCCCCAGGCCCAACAGGACUUCGCAUGCAGCACCUGCGGGAUGCUUGUGUUGCGGGUGGGGGUGACAGCUUCAUGGCUCAACUCGCCGAUGUGGUCAACCUCAUGGCCCAGGGGCGGGCCCCUGAAGUGCUUAAGCAGACUGUCGUCCACUUCCCGGCCCUGGCCCGCUGGGCUGCUUGGUGCUACCGUCAGCCGAGCUGCCUGCAAUUCGGUGACCGCGCCUUGGAGUCGUCAGCUGGUGUGCAGCAGGGAGAUCCCUUGGGACCCUUGUUGUUUUCCUUGGCCUUGCAACCGCUGGCUGCGGAGCUGCGGUCGGAUUCUCUGGACCUUGCGGUGCACUUUCUGGAUGACGGGGUGCUCGCUGGCGACUUUGCCCCCUUAGGGGCUGCGCUCCGGCUUGCCCAAACGCGUUCUAGAGCCAUUGGCCUGGAGCUCAACCUUGACAAGUGCGAGUUGGUGGUUUUUGGUGCCCCAAACACGCAGCUCCUUCGGCCGCACUUCCCUGCCAACCUGCUGCAACGGCCCGAUGGGUCCAGCCGUGUCCUCGUCAAUAACUUCGAGUUUCUGGGUGCAGCAAUUGGGGAGGCCGCUGCCCUGGCCACUUUCGAUGGCCACGUGCAACGGUGCUUCGGUGAUUUGACCGGCCUUCACCUUACUGCUGGGCAGUGGCGACAGGCUGCACGGGGGGUUGGGCAGGCGGGCUUGGGCUUGCGCGCUAGCUUGGUGCAUGCCCCAGCUGCCUACUUGGCGUCGCUUGGAGCAAGCUUGGCCGAUUGUGCUGACAUUGAUCGUGCUUUUUCUGCCCAGGCCGUUCACGGGUCGCCUGCUGUGGCCGCCGCACUGCGGGCGCUGAAUCGGGAGCUGCCCCAAGACUCAGCCCUGUCCCUGUGCGAAGCCUUGGCGGCCAAACAGCGUGCGCUUUCGGAGCGUGUGGACCUGGCCGGCUGGGAAGCGCAGCUGGCGCAAGCCUCCUUGGUGGAAAGGGCGGUGCUCCGCUCGGAAGCUGGCCUCGGGGCCAGGGCCUUCCUGGCAGCUACGCCCUCCGGUCGGACACGGCUCGAGCGCCCGGGGUUGCUCCUGCCCCACUUGGCUCGUCGGCGACCAGCUGACAUUUACGUGCCUUCCUUAGCCGGGUCCCCUGCCGCGCUUGACUUCGCCAUCACGGCGCCCCAGCGGCAAGAGACCUUGGCUUUGGCGGGUCAGGAGGCUGGAGCAGCAGCGGCCGCGUAUGCCCGACACAAGGAGGACCACCAGAGCACUGCACGAACGUGUGAGGCUCAGGGGGUCACCUUCGUGCCCAUGGUGGCAGAAACGACGGGCAAUUGGGAUGCUGGGGCUGCCGUCGUCAUCAAGCACGUCGCUCGCGCUGUAGCAGCCCGCACUGGGGAGAUGCCAAGUUUGCUACAUUCCCUCUUGUUGCAGGAACUGUGUGUGGCGGCUCGGUCCCACCGGGCAAAGGCUGCUCUGAGGCGGCGGCUCGCUACGACUGCGCUCGGGGAUACCUAG